AUGACAUAUACCAGGCUGAGGACCGAGGAGCGGAUCAUGCUCGAUGCAUUCGACGCACUCGGCAUCUUGGCAACCCCGAUCGAUCUCAGAGAGUUUGUCUUUGACCCCAGAGAUCAGGCUUCUUGGUCUCGAUUCGACGCGGUGCUCGACCGAUCGUUGAGUUUGACCAACUCCAUCACUUCAAUCAGGAUGUUUGAGCACUACGGAUUGCCCUGUUAUAACAGCUCAAAUGCAAUCCAGACAUGCUCCGACAAGUUGCUGACCACGCUUGCAUUGGAGCACAAUGAGAUCCCGACCCCAAAUACCCGUAUCGCGCUCACCGCGCGGAGUGGAUUUGAAGCCAUUGAGCAGAUCGGAUAUCCAGCGGUCAUCAAGCCCACUGUCGGAUCCUGGGGGCGCCUCGUUGCUCGUGUCAAUGAUCGUGACGCCGCUGAAGCGAUCCUUGAGCAUCGAGAGACUCUCGGGUCUGUCCAGCAGCGUGUGUUGUAUAUUCAGGAGCAUAUCGAAAAGCCGGGUCGAGAUCUUCGAGUCUUUGUGGUGGGGGGGCGAGCAAUCGCUGCCAUCGCUCGUGCAAGCGAGCACUGGGUGACAAACACCGCACGCGGAGCGCGUGCAAUUGGGAUACCAGUCACCGAUGAACUCGCGAGUUUGGCGGUAAAGGCAGUGGAUAGUGUCGGCGCUCACAUCGCAGCCGUUGACUUUCUCGAGUGCCCAAACAGGGGGUUGCUCGUCAAUGAGAUCAACCAUUCGAUGGAGUUUCGCAACUCAAUCGUGACUACAGGAUACACCGGAGGGGAACUCCUCCGAUUGCUCCACGCUCAUCCGGAAGUAGAAAUCGCCCAAGUCACUUCACGCAAGCUCAGCGGGCAACCAGUGCAUAGAUCUCAUCCGAACAUGCGUGGGUAUCUUGAUACUGUGUACAGUCUUCCUGAGGAUGUGGAGGGUUGCGAUGUCAUCAUCCUAUGCAUGCCUCACGGAAAGGCAUCCAGCGACAUCGAGCAUUGGCGAUCCAAAGCGCCGCUCGUGAUCGACCUCAGCGCCGACUUUCGACUCCGAGAUCCUCAGAACUAUCAGCAGUGGUACGGCGAAGAGCAUCCGUCACCCCAAGCACUCUCAGAAGUGGUGUACGGACUCCCUGAGAUCACACGAGAUCAACUAAGUGGCGCCAGCUUGAUCUCUGGAGUGGGUUGCAACGCAACGGCGAUGACACUUGCAUUGCUUCCUCUCGCACGAGCAGGGUUGAUCAAGAGAUGUAUCGCAGAUAUCAAAGUGGGAUCAUCCGAAGCCGGCGCCGAGGCCAAUGCGGGUUCGCAUCAUCCAGUUCGUGCGCGUACGGCUCGGACCUACAGCGCAUUCGGGCAUCGACAUCUUGCAGAGGUCAACCAAUCACUCGGACAGUUGGAUCUCGAUGCAACUGUCACAGCCAUCGACAUGGUCCGCGGCGUGCUUUGCACUGCACACAUCGAACCAACUGAGCGACUCGAAACCAAGGAUCUCUGGAAGCUUUAUCGUGGGGCGUACAACAACGAGCCUUUUGUCCGGAUCAUCGCUGAUCGUUCAGGACCGAAUCGUUUCCCGGACCCUCGCAUUGUUGUUGGAUCCAACAAAGCGGAUGUUGGAUUCAGCGUAGAUCCGAUUUCCGGAAGGAUUAUCUCGCUCUGUGCCAUUGACAACCUUGUCAAAGGAGCCGCAGGUUCAGCUGUCCAAUCCAUGAAUAUCGCACUCGGAUUCCCAGAAACAGCAGGAUUGGGAUUCCCAGGACUUCACCCCGCAUAA